AGGAUCUCUGUUUACCUGCGCAUCCUGUGCUGAAGAUCCUCUUGUCCCUGCGGGGUGGAAACGACUAGUUAGUAACGAAAUCAAUUGGUCAAUUCCUCCGUCGUUGGAUAAGCAUACCACUCAUCCGGUUCGUCAUCGUCUUGCAGAGUUUCGCUCUGAUGCGCUGCGCUUUGGUCCUUGGACAUCGUAGGCGCCUCCUGAUCGCUUUCUAACGUCUACGUUGCUAAGCCACCCAGUCGUGGAUACUAUAUUCGAAAGGGUUGAAUUAUCGUGGUUUGGCGUUGCGUGGCUGUCUGUUUUGGCCCUGCUAAAAUCUCGCUGGGAAAGCGGCCAGAGACGAAGUAGAAGGGAGAAAACCGGGUGGAAUUUCGGGGAUCGCGGCAACCCGAACUGACUCAUUAAUAUCAUCCCAUCCAACCCCCUGAGUGGCUCGAAGUCCCCCGGCACGCAACACACGCAUCCAAGUAUGCCGCCGCGAAAACUCAACGUGCUCGUGUACACGGGCGCCGGGUCUACCGUCGAAUCAGUCAAGCACGCAAUCUACACCCUACGUCGCCUACUCUCUCCCAAUUACGCCGUCAUCCCCAUCACCGAAACGACUCUGCUCAAGGAACCAUGGGGCCCGUCAUGCGCCCUCCUCGUCUUUCCGGGGGGUGCUGAUCUCGGGUAUUGCCGUGUGCUCGACGGGAAUGGCAAUUCUAUCAUCUCCCAGUACGUGCGCCGCGGUGGUGCGUACUUGGGCUUUUGCGCAGGUGGUUAUUACGGCACGAAACGGUGCGAGUUCGAGGUCGGCAAUCCGGCCAUGGAAGUGGCCGGGCCGAGAGAGCUGGGCUUCUUCCCUGGUACUUGCAGGGGCGGCGCAUGGAAAGGUUUUCAGUACCAUAGCGAAAGUGGCGCCCGAGCAGUGAGACUGGACGUCACGAAGGCUGCAUUUUCGGGGGCCGGCGUGGUCCCCGAGAUCUUCACGUCCUAUUACAAUGGCGGCGGCGUUUUCGUCGGUUCGGCAAUCGGGACUAGCGACGUAGACGUUCUAGCAAGCUAUGCGGAUGAACUUGAUGUCGACGGGGGGCCCGAAAAAGCCGCGAUAGUAUACUGCAAGGUCGGUCAGGGGGCGGCCAUUCUCACAGGCCCCCACCCCGAGUUUACGGCGGUGAACUUGAGCCCGCAUAAUGACGUCCCGGGAUACGACAAGCUAAUCGCUACCCUCCGCGCCAGUGAUGACGCUCGGUCAUCCUUCCUGAAGGCGUGCUUGGCUAAACUUGGGCUCGAAAUCAACCAGGAGACAUCGCAUGUGCCGUCGUUAUCCCAGCUCCAUCUAUCAUCCAUCACUAGCAGCCACGUUGACGAAUUGCUGCAUUCUUUCCAAGAUAUCAUCAGCAGAGAAGAUGGCGAGGAAUACAUCAGGGCCGAAAACGACACAUUCCACUUACAAGGGCCCGAAACUCCGUGGUCCGUCUCGGAUAUGAAAGAGGCAUUGACUUCUGGUAAUAGUCCGAACCAAACGCCGCCGGAUGGGAAGGGCGAGGGCAUAAUAGACUAUAACGCUGUCAUCAAACACGUUGUGGCCCACAACAAGGACUGGCCGGAAGCUAAGGCAACUCCGUAUUUUAAUCACAGCACGUACUACUCCAGCCUGCGCGAAUACCGAGAGACAGAGCCCGAGGCAGAAGACUGGGGCGACUUUCUGAUGUACGGCGAGGUUGUAACGAGCACGAACACGGUGCUCGAGAAAAACACCAAGCUGCUGUCCCGACUGCCGUCAGGGUUCACGUUCGUCGCCACGACGCAAGUCGCUGGGCGAGGCCGCGGGAACAACGUCUGGGUGUCUCCCGCCGGGUGCCUCAUCAUGUCGACUGUCAUCAACCACCCGGCGCACCUGGCGCAGAGCCGCCCCAUCGUCUUCCUCCAGUACCUUGCGGCGCUGGCCGUCGUCAAGGCCGUCCAAGCCUACGGCGACGGCUACGCCGGCAUCCCCGUCAAGAUCAAGUGGCCCAACGACAUCUACGCGCUCGACCCGCGGCCGGCCUCACCCUCCGACGCGCCCGCCGCCGCUUCCUCCUCGCCGUCCUACGUCAAGAUCGGCGGCAUCCUCGCCAACUGCUCAUACAUCGCGGGCGCGUACCAGGUCGUCCUGGGCAUCGGCGUGAACACGACGAACGGGCGGCCGACGACGUCACUCGACGCGCUGCUGCUGGCGGCGGCUAGUUCGGCGUCGGCGUCGGCGAAGAGCCUCGCGCCCUUCCGCGUCGAGCGGCUCGCGGCCGCCGUCGUAGCCCGCCUCGAGGGCCUGUACGCGACGUUCGCGCGCCGCGGCUUCACGCCCGACAUGGAGCGCGCGUACUACGCGCACUGGCUGCACGGCGGCCAGGUGGUGCGGCUCGAGGGCGUCGACGACGCAGGCGCCGGCGGCCGCAGCGCAGAGGGCCGCGCGCGCAUCGUCGGCAUCACCCGCGACUGGGGCCUGCUGCGCGCCGAGGAGCUCGACGACCGCGAUCGGCCCACCGGCAGGGUCUGGGCCCUCCAGAGCGACGAGAACAGCUUCGACUUCUUCCGCGGCCUGGUCAGGCGCAGGAUUUGAGAUGCCCGCGGCUGGCUACCGGCUGCCGUAUCUAUUCUAGGAGUUGCGCGCGGUGUGGAUAUCGCAUCCGUGUGAGGGGAGCGAGGAUUUAAGUGGUACGGGAGGGCGGUUUUUCGUAGGUAUGCCGCAACCCUGCUUAGGGUACAAGCCGCGGAGCGCGCAAGUCGAGAUCCGGAGUAGGUCGCUAGGAAAUUGAUUGCGAACUGAGGUCUACCCUGCUACUACGGUUCUAGUGUCUGGUUGCAACAUAGACAAGUUGGUUGGCGUCGUGCCGCUGGGCAGAAUAAAGCCUUAGAGAGUAGAGGUCACCAAAGCCUUGUCCCAUCUAUGAAACUUGAUAUCUUACCAACUUGCCGCUCCUAUCUAAAAUACUCUGUUUUUCCACGAUUCGGAACUACACCC